CAAACACAGUACAGCCCUUUUUCUGUCUGCAUUGAGAGCUCUGAUUAGGCACGUGCGGGAGUGAGUAACUGUGGAUAUGUAGACCCACACGGAACAUUUUAAACGUUGCACAGAGCAGGUUCGGUGCUGAAGCAGGUGGUUUAGUGAAUAUCUCACAGCAACCAAACCCUCACUAAUAUUCAUUCAGCUGUAGUUUAAUCUGCUGUGGUUGAUGAAUGCUAAUCAAUGUGUUGACGAUCUGCUUAACGAGCUCAAUCCACAGGUGAAGCCGCUCUCAGAGUCGUUCAUGAGGGUUUAAAUGCUGAGGAAUAUCGCCAUCUUCGUUCAGCUGAAGAAGCAGCAAACAGAAGGAAUUGCAGGAGAAACAACUGACAUACUAUAGUGAAGAUGGAGAUUGAGGAAGAACCCUGCAGAAUAAAAGAGACAAAGAAACAAACAGAUAAACAUGGAAAUGCAGUCAGAUCACAGACUGAAACACAAAAACAAGCUGGAAAAACAGGAUCUUUCCCCUGCUCCGAGUGUGGAAAGACUUACAAAUAUAAAUCCGAUCAUACCCGACACAUGAGAUUUCACACUGGAGAAGGCCUGAUGCAUUGCACCGAAUGCGGAAAGAGCUUCACGCACAGAGGAAAGCUGGACGUGCACAUGAGGAUUCACACUGGGAACAAGCCGUUCACAUGCUUGGAUUGUGGAAAGAGUUUCACAUCUAAACCCGUUCUCCUAAACCACCAGCUCUCUCACAGCGGAGAGAAGUCGUUCAGCUGCGAUCACUGCGCUAAAACAUUCGUGUCUGCGUCAAGAUUGAGAGCACACCUUUAUGUCCAUGCGACGGUGAAGCCACUCGCUUGCUCUUUCUGCGGAAAGACUUUUUUACAUUUGCAGAAGUUGAAAGUGCAUGAGCUUAUGCACACCGGAGAGAAACCGCACGUGUGUUCAGACUGCGGGAAGAGCUUCGCAACAUCGAGCAACUUCAAAACACACCAGAGGAUCCACACUGGAGAGAAACCGUAUCAGUGUUCGGACUGUGGGAAGAGUUUCCGUCAGUCAUCGCGUCUGAAAACUCACCAGAGGAGUCACACUUGAGGAAAGCUCUAUUAGUGCACUAUUCUGAAAUGAAGGCGAGCUCCGUUCAUUCAGGUUUUGUUUUAUUGAUGUGUUACUUUAGGUCUUAAACUAGAUUCCUUGAGAGCGCCGCACAGUUUUGCUCCAACCCUAGUCAAACACAGAAGAUGCAAAUAAUCAAGAUGUUCGAGAUUAAGCUGGCGUGAGUUGGAAGUGGUUGGAGCUGUACAGGGUGGGCCAUUUAUAUGGAUACACCUUAAUAAAAUGGGAAUGGUUGGUGAUAUUAA